AUGGAUACAAUUGAUCUGUCAAAUUUGAAUCGGCAGUUUUUGUUUCGCGAGAGUGAUAUUGGGCGCAGUAAAGCCAUUGUUGCUUCAGAGUUCAUUAUGAAGAGAGUCAAGGGAGUUAAAGUGACGCCCUAUUUCGGGAAAAUUCAAGAUAAAGACGAUGCUUACUAUAUGCAAUUUACUUUGGUUAUCUGCGGUUUAGAUAGUGUGGAAGCUCGACGAUGGAUCAAUGCUACCCUGGUGAAUCUAGUAGAUUCUGAUGUGCCUGAAUCUCUGAAACCUUUGAUAGAUGGUGGUACUGAAGGUUUCAAAGGCCAGGCGAGAGUUAUUUUACCAACAGUAACAUCGUGCUAUGAGUGCUCAUUAGACAUGCUCGGAAAACAAAUCACAUAUCCGAUUUGUACUAUAGCCAAUACUCCACGGGUUGCAGAGCACUGUAUUGAAUGGGCUAGUGUCAUUCAAUGGCCACUAAAGUUCCCAGACCGUAAAAUAGAUACAGACUCUCCUGAAGAUGUGAAAUGGGUAUACGAACUGGCUCUUUCACGAGCUAAACAACAUAACAUUUCAGGGGUUACCUACACACUGACACAAGGAGUAAUCAAACGUAUCAUUCCAGCCAUUGCUUCCACGAAUGCUGUCAUUGCCGCUUCCUGUUGUAAUGAAGCUUUUAAAAUAGUCACAUCGUGCAAUCCUUAUCUCAACAACUACAUGAUGUACAGCGGAAACGACUCUGUCUACACAUAUACAUUUGAGCAUCAAAAAAAGGAGAGCUGUCCAGUGUGUGGCAGCCGAGCGAGUCCCAUCACUGUAGACUCCUCACAGACCCUAGAAGAAUUCCUGUUGUCACUAGCUGACCGUCCUGAGACAAAGUCGCCAUCACCCUCGAUUCGUACCGCGUCUAAAUCUCUUUACAUGCGUAAACCUCCGGCACUGGAAGAGCUAACCCGCGAGAACCUCACCAAAUCUCUACAUGACCUUUUUGAUAGUGGUGAUGAGCUAGUUAUAAGUGACCCAGCACUUCCUUUCAGCCUACGCUUGGUAGUUAACUUUCAAUAA